AUGGAUAUCGCGCUACUACUUUUUGUGAGUGCUACUAUUUUUGGCCUCAGUCAUAACGCUGAAGGGAGUCCAUUCUCUUUCAGAGAAGCUGCUGUGCGUGAUAUUAGGGUUGCCUUGGACCAUAACAGACUCACUUCUCGGGAAUUGGCCGAAUUCUACCUCAAACAGAUUCGAGGACUAAAUCCAGUUCUUAAUGCAGUCAUAGAAGUGAAUCCGGAUGCUCUUUGUUUGGCCGACAAGGCAGACCGGGAUCGAAGAGCUAAGAAACCAGGCUCCGUAACAGGACUGGCUGGUAUCCCAAUUCUGCUCAAGGACAACAUUGCAACCAAGGACAAGCUUAACACAACAGCUGGAUCUUGUGCACUUCUAAGAUCAGUUGUACCUCAGGAUGCAGGGGUGGUCAAGAAGCUAAGGAGGGCUGGUGCAAUCAUAUUAGGAAAGGCUAGCAUGACAGAGUGGGCUGCUUACAGGUCACCCGGUGUGCCUAAUGGCUGGAAUGCUAGACGUGGCCAAGGUGUGAAUCCGUAUCAUAAAUAUGCUACUUCAUGUGGAUCAAGCACCAGUUCUGCAACAUCAGUAGCAGCAAACAUGGUUGCAGUUACACUGGGUACAGAAACAUCUGGAUCCAUUUUAUGCCCUUCCAGUGUUAAUUCGGUGGUGGGAAUCAAACCAACUGUAGGGCUCACAAGUCGAGCUGGUGUUGUCCCUAUUUCACCUCGACAGGACAGUGUUGGGCCGAUAUGCAGGACUGUGUCGGAUGCAGUGUAUGUUCUUGAUGCCAUUGUUGGUUUUGAUCCUGAUGAUGCAGUAGCAACCAAAAAAGCUUCAAAGUAUAUUCCUCGUGGAGGUUAUUUGCAAUUUCUCAAGUCUGAUGGACUUAAGGGAAAGAGAUUGGGGAUUCUACGGUGCUCCUUUGUGGGAUUCAGCAACUCCUCUGAAGCAUUGAAUGCUUUUGAACCUCACUUCCACAUUCUGAGGCAACGAGGUGCAGUAUUAGUAGACAUCACAGAAACAGCCAGAUUUGACUCUAUUGUAAGUUCAAUGUUCAAUGACCAAUUCACCGCCAUGAGGGUGGAAUUCAAGCUGGCACUGAAUGCUUAUCUACAGCAGUUGAUCACCUCUCCUGUGCGAUCCCUAGCUGAUGUAAUAGUCUUCAACAAGAAGCACACAAAAUUGGAAAAGAUUGAAGAGUACGGGCAAGACAACUUUGAGGAAGCAGAGAAAACCAACGGUAUUGGCAGAGUGGAAAGGGAACUACUGCUUAAUUUAACUAGGGCGUCCAAAAUUGGGUUCGAGAAGUUGAUGAAGGACUAUAAAUUGGAUGCCUUGGUGACACCUGCUCCCAAUAUCGUUUAUGCUAUUUCCGCUGGAGGAUACCCUGGAAUAAAUGUUCCGGCAGGUUAUGACACUGAUGGCACCCCAUACGGCAUUUCAUUCGGAGGGCUAAAAGGAUCGGAAGCAAAGCUGAUAGAGAUUGCAUACGACUUCGAACAAGCCACAAAGAUCAGGAAGCCACCUCCACUUUUAAGAAAUCACAUUAAGACGUACAACUGAGCUGCAUUGGAGAUUAACGUCUUCAACUGCAGUACAACUUGUAAAUUUGUGGAAUC